AGACCAUCUUCCAAUGAUCGUCGCCACGGACUUCCAGCCCACGCUGACCAGGCCCCUGGACACGUUGCGCAUGGACACCCUAGAGAAAGCCCUGCAUCCAUUCUUCCCCGCCAAUCAGAACAACUUUAUCGCCGUCCGCGUGGACGCCACGUUCAAGAAGAUCGUGUACCGCAUUGGUGGCCCGCAGAUCCGCCCACGGGAGCCGUUGCUCGAACUGUCUAAGCGCCAGGUCGUCAAGACGUACGAAAAUGUCGCCGGCACGCUGUUCGGGUUCUAUUCCCCGCCGUACACGAACGGGAUCUGCGUCGCCGGCUUUCAUCUGCAUUUCCUGUCUGCAGACCGCCAGGCUGGUGGUCAUGUCUUGGAGUUUGAGGCUGAGAAUGUCGAGUUGAAGGCCGCGGUUAACACGCAUGUGCAUCUGGAGUUGCCUGCGUCGGAGGAGUUCAACCAGGAGUUGAUGCAGCCGGACUUGGCAAAGGACUUGCAUCUAGCUGAGUGACUGAGUGUCUUGGAGAUGGAUGGUAGCUUAGAGGUUUCAUAUCCUUGCUGGCGGUUUUGCCCUUGUGGCUUAUAGUGAAAGGUUACUCUUUUCAUAGGUAGUCCACACAAGCUAGACUCGCUUGAUUCUUGUACAUUUAUGAGUGAAACAUACCCAUCGACUUUCGAAUAGAUGUAGUGCUUUGUUCUAUCUAGGGUGGCUUGCUGUAGCGCAGCCAGGCUGGAAGAUGCUAGGCCAAUCCUGGCACGGAGC